AUGUCACUAAAACCAAAACCAAUAAACUUCACGGAAAAAUGGAACAGUUUACAAGAGACUGUAAAAGGUGUCAUAACAUUAGACACAGUUCCUAGGGAUGCAUGGAACGAACGUUUCAAUGAUGUUUACUCUAUGUGUGUGGCCUUCCCAGAGCCCCUUGGUGAUCAACUUUAUGACUCAACAAAGUUGUUCUUAGAGAACCACGUACUUGAACUAUUGACUAUCAUACAAACCGGAGGUACUGCAAAUCUGUUACAAAAUUAUUAUACAUAUUGGCAGAAGUAUAGUAAAGGUGUCAAAUACCUACAUUCACUUUACCAGUACCUUAAUAACCAACAUAUUAAAAAGCAUAAAUUGUCAGAAGCAGAAGUUUUAUAUGGAAACAUUACACCAGAUGCCACUGAACAGAUGGAGGUUGGAGAACUGGGGCUUGAUGUGUGGAAACACAAUAUGAUAGUACCGCUGAAAGACAGUAUGCUCGAGUUAUUAUUAGAUCAAUUUGAUAAACAAAGGCAUGACAUAUCAAUGACCGUAUCUGCGGAUAUCAUUUCUGGUGUUAUUAACUCAUUUGUUGUUGUCCAGGAGUUCAGGAAAAAACAUCCACUUGAAUUGUAUCAAAGUUAUUUUGAGCAACCUUUUUUGGAGCAAAGUAGUGAACACUUUAAACGUGAAGCUGCAAAAUUGUUACAAGAAAGCACAGUGUCCGAGUACAUGGUUAAAGUGUUGCAAAUAUUGAAAGAAGAAGGAAUUAGAUCAAAAAAAUAUCUCCAUGACAGCACCUAUGUUAAACUGCGGGGACGUUGUCGUAAACAUAUGGUUGGUGAUCAUUUAAAUUUUUUGUAUGGAGAGUCUGAAGCUAUGAUAAAGGAAGAGCGGCGAGAAGACAUGCACAAUAUUUAUUUGCUUUUACGUGAAGUUAAAGAUGGAAUGACCUCAUUAGUUGACAUUUUCAGAGAACACAUAAAACAACACGGAAUCAGAGUUAUUGAAUCUUUAAGACAAGAACAAGUAUAUGUACAUUUUGUUGAGGAAGUAUUGGAGGUACAUAAAAAAUACAAAUCUAUAGUUGUAGAUGUGUUCAACAAUGAUUUAUGCUUCAGUGGUGCACUUGAUAAAGCAUUUACAGUUAUCAUAAACUAUAAACAAGUAAAAAAUCAACCAUCAAAGUCGCCAGAAUAUUUAUCAAAAUACUGCGAUAAUUUAUUGAAAAAAUCGUCUAAAGGCAUGUGUGAGGGUGAAAUUGAUCAAAAACUAUUACAGUCUAUUACUAUAUUCAAGUAUGUAGAUGAUAAAGAUAUAUUCCAGAGGUUCUAUCAAAGGCAUCUGGCAAAACGGUUAAUACACCAACAAAGCCAGUCCAUGGACGGAGAAGAAGGAAUGAUCAACAAAUUGAAACAAGCUUGUGGUUACGAGUUUACAAAUAAAUUACAUCGUAUGUUUACUGAUAUCAGAGUAUCAGAAGGACUGAAUGCAAAAUUCCAUAGUGAAUUCCUUAAACCUACUGAUAAGUUAAAUGUCUCAUUUUCUAUGUAUGUAUUGCAAACUGGAGCUUGGCCUUUGGGAUCAUCAAUUGUGUCAUCAUUUGUUAUUCCUCAACAACUGAUACCUUGUAUACAAUAUUUUGAAGCUUUCUACAAAGAAAAAUUUAAUGGACGGAAAUUAACAUGGCUUCAUCAUCAUUGUCAGGCCGAGUUAAAAUUGGGUUAUUUACAAAAAGUGUAUAUAGUGACAAUGCAGACGUUCCAAAUGUCUAUAAUGUUACUAUUUGAAGACCGUGAUACAAUAAACUACACUGAAAUUCACGAAAUGCUUCAAUUAACCAGUGAUCAAAUUCAAAAGCACAUCAAUAGCUUAGUUGAAUGCAAAUUGUUGUUGAUUGAUGGUGAUAAUGUUUCAUUAAACAUGGCAUACACCAAUAAGCGUACAAAAUUGCGUAUCACAUCAGCUCUCCAAAAAGAAACUCCACAAGAGGUCGAACAGACUGUUAAUUCUGUCGAAGAUGAUCGUAAAACAUACUUACAGGCAGCUAUUGUUCGAAUAAUGAAAUCACGUAAGAUACUGAGACAUAAUCAACUUGUGAAUGAAAUACUUUCCCAAUCAAAGACAUUUGCACCAUCGAUUGCACUUAUAAAAAAAUCUAUAGAAACACUAAUUGAUAAAGGAUAUCUAGAACGCACUCCGAAUUCAUCUGAUGGCUACAGUUAUGUGGCUUAA